AUGUCUUCAGAGGGAAUAGGCGAGACGCUGGUGAUUCGGUUCGGCCUGAUAAAUGCCGAUAACAAAUAUCUGACAGCGGAGAUGUUUGGUUUUAAAAUCAACGCCUCCGCGAGCUCAAUGAAGAAGAAGCAGGUGUGGACGCUGGAGCAGUCCGGGGACCACGGAGACUCCAAUGCUGUGUUCAUCAAAAGCCACUUGGGUCGAUACCUCGCCUCCGACAAGGACGGCAAGGUGACCGCAGACAGCGAGCAGCCCGGCCCGGACUGUCGGUUCCUCGUGAUCGCCCACGACGACGGCCGGUGGUCCCUGCAGUCCGAGCCCCACGCGCGCUACCUGGGCGGGACCGAGGACCGGAUCGCGUGCUUUGCGCAAAGCAUCUCUCCUGCGGAGAAGUGGAACGUGCACCUGGCCGUGCACCCGCAGGUCAACGUGUACAGCAUCGCGCGCAAACGGUACGCGCACCUGUGCGCCGAUAGGAAUGAGCUCGCCGUAGACCGCGACGUGCCGUGGGGUGUGGACUCGCUGCUCACACUCGUGUAUCUGGACCACCGCUAUCACCUGCAGACCGCUGACAACCGCUUCCUCUCGUGCGGCGGAACCCUGACAGCCAAACCAGACCGGGACACCGGCUUCACGCUGGAAUUCCGCGCGGGUAAGGUGGCUUUCCGAGACGCCACGGGAAAAUACAUCGCGCCUACGGGCCCCACCGGGACCAUGAAGUCGGGCAGGAGCGCGCGUGUUGGCAAAGAUGAGUUGUUUGUCCUCGAGCAAAGUCACGGGCAAGUGGUGCUCACCGCCAGCAAUGACAGAAACAUCUCCAUGCGCCAGGGAGUUGAUUUAUCAGCCAAUCAGGAUGAGGAGUCUGAUCAGGAGGUGUUUCAGAUGGAGAUGGACAGAGAGAGCAAGCGCUGUGCCUUCAGGUCUUUCAAUGGGAGAUACUGGAGUCUCACCUCGAGUGGAGCCAUCCAGUGCUCUGCUUUAACCAAAUCUCCCAGUUGUUUCUUCGACCUGGAGUGGAAGGGCUCAAAAGUGGCACUGAAGGCCAGCAAUGGCAAAUAUCUGGCAGCCAAGAAGAACGGACAGCUGGCAGCCGCGGUGGACUCUGCAGGCGAGCAGGAGGAGUUUGUGUUGAAGCUCAUCAACAGGCCGCUGAUUGUGUUGCGCGGUGAACAUGGCUUUAUUGGCUGCCGCAAACAAGGAACCGGUACACUCGAUUCCAACCGAUCUUCCUAUGAUGUCUUCCAGUUAGAGUACAACAACAAUGCAUACAGCCUCAGAGACUCCGUGGGGAAGUACUGGACGGUGGAGUCAGACGGCUCUGUGAUCAGCAGUGGUGCGGCUCCUGUCUAUUUCCACUUUGAGUUCUGCGAUUUUAACAAAGUGGCUAUUAAGACGAAGGAGGGCAAAUAUCUUAAGGGAGACCACGCUGGAGUGCUGAAAGCCAGCGCUCAGGGGAUUGCUGAUGCCACAUUGUGGGAAUACUGAGAAACAUUUAUGAAGCCACACAGACAAACAAAUGUGUGCUCCUUUCAAUAUUCCAACUAAACACAUCCUCUAUAGCACAAGCAGACAGUCGUCAUAUCACACAACACAAUUACAUUACAUCUCAACAUAAGUCUUCAAGGCACAAAAACACAUUUGAAUGUAAAAGUACAAACAAAUGCACAAACGAUUUGUCUUUGGUUUAAAGGGGUAGUUCACUCAGAAAUCUACAUUCUGUUUUUAUUUUUUUUUCAAACUUGAGAAUCACAAAUCAAGAUAUGUUUACUUUUAUGGAGCCAGAUCAGUCUCAAAAAUAAUACGUUUGCAAAAUACAAUUCAUACACAAUUCACAUUUACAACAUGUAAUUUGUAAAUUUAAAAGGCAAUUCUUUAAUACACAAUUCCAAUUCAUAAAUUUAAAACACGACUCGUAAAUACACAAAUCCAAUUAAUAAAUUCAAAACAAGAUUCGUAA